AUUGGAACUACAAACAAAGACGGCGUACGAUAACAAAGGUGCGCAGGGUCCAAUUCACCUCCCUGCGCAAAUUAGGGCUGGUCCUCUCAAGAAAAAAAAAAAAGACUUCAGUAGUUUCAUACCUGUUUUUACACCAAUGGAUCCUUGAUUGAUUAAAUUGGGAUUUAAGUUGACCUCACAUAGAUUAAUGAGAAACAUGAUGUCUGAAGAGGACGGACAGAUGCUCAUGGUGUAUGAUGAUCCAUCGGACCAACGAUCUCUGUCUUUGGAUGAUACCAGUAGCGCAGAGGAAUCACCUGAUGAAACCAGACUAUCACUUGAAACUACUAACGAUGCAAUUCCAUAUAUUGGGCAGAGAUUUGCUACCCAUGAUGCAGCUUAUGAAUUCUAUAGUGAAUUUGCAAAGCGAUGUGGGUUCUCAAUCCGCCGUCAUCGCACAGAAGGAAAAGAUGGGGUUGGCAAAGGACUCACCAGACGUUAUUUUGUCUGCCACCGUGCUGGGAACACCCCUGUCAAAACCUCAAGCGAAAAUAAACCUCAAAGGAAUAGAAAGUCCUCUCGGUGUGGAUGUCAAGCAUAUAUGAGAAUAAGUAAAACCACAGAGUUAGGGGCGCCAGAAUGGCGUGUCACUGGUUUUGCAAACCACCAUAAUCAUGAACUCCUAGAACAAAACCAAGUCCGCUUCCUUCCUGCAUAUCGAACCAUAUCAGAUACAGAUAAGAGCAGAAUCCUCAUGUUUGCCAAAACAGGAAUUUCAGUGCAGCAAAUGAUGAGGCUCAUGGAGCUUGAAAAAUGUGUAGAGCCAGGAUAUUUACCAUUCACUGAGAAGGAUGUGAGGAAUUUGCUUCAGUCCUUCAGGAAAUUAGAUCCAGAAGAUGAGAGCAUAGACUUAUUAAGAAUGUGCAGAAACAUAAAAGAGAAGGACCCCAACUUUAAAUAUGAAUACACACUUGAUUCAAACAACAGGUUGGAGAAUAUAGCUUGGUCAUAUGCGUCGUCAAUUCAGUCGUAUGAUAUCUUUGGUGAUGCAGUGGUGUUUGAUACAACGCAUCGCUUGACUGCAUUUGACAUGCCUAUUGGGAUAUGGGUUGGAGUUAAUAACUAUGGUAUGCCUUGUUUCUUUGGCUGUGUGCUCUUACAAGAGGAAACUUUGAGGACAUUAUCAUGGGCAUUGAAGGCAUUCUUAGGGUUCAUGAAUGGGAAGGCUCCACAAACGAUUUCAACUGACCAAAAUUCGUGCCUUAAAGAAGCAAUAGAAUUGGAGAUGCCAACAACAAAACAUGCACUUUGUAUGUGGAUGAUUGUGGGAAAGUUUCCAUCGUGGUUUAACGCUGUUCUAGGAGAACGUUAUAACGAGUGGAAGGCAGAGUUCCACCGACUGUAUAACCUGGAGUCAAUAGAGGACUUCGAACUGGGUUGGAGGGACAUGGUUGAUUCGUAUGGGAUGCACAAUAACAGGCACAUUGUCAACUUGUAUGCCUUGCGCACUCAUUGGGCGUUACCAUACUUGAGAAGCCAUUUCCUUGCAGGAAUGAACGCAGCUGGGCAUUCAAAAUCAAUUAAUGCUUUUAUCCAACGAUUUCUGAAUGCACAAACACGGCUUGCACACUUUGUUGAACAAGUUGCUGUUGCUGUGGAUUUUAAAGAUCAAGCUGCCGAACAGCAAACAAUGCAGCAGAACCUCCAAAACAUAUCCCUCAAAACAGGUGCACCUAUGGAAUCCCAUGCUGCUUCAGUCCUUACACCAUAUGCAUUCUCUAAGCUCCAAGAACAACUGGUUUUGGCUGCCCACUAUGCAUCAUUCCAGAUGGAAGACGGCUUUCUUGUCAGACAUCAUACGAAACUCGAGGGAGGCCGGAAAGUAUAUUGGGUUCCCAGGGAAGGCAUCAUUAGUUGCAGUUGUCAUCAGUUUGAGUUCUCUGGAAUACUCUGCCGACAUGCUCUUCGAGUUCUUUCCACUGGAAACUGUUUUCAGAUCCCAGAAAGAUAUCUCCCCAUACGAUGGCGUCGGAUCAGCACAUCCCCUGGAAAGCUACUUCACAGUGCUCCAAAUGGUCACGGAGAAAGAAUGCAGUUGUUGCAAAAUAUGGUAUCAACUCUUAUAAAUGAAUCUGCCAAAUCAAAAGAAAGGCUGGAGAUUGCCACCGAUCAACUUUCCAUCCUUAUAUCCCGCAUCAGGGAGCAGCCAGUUCCAUCACAGGGUGUAAGAGAUAUCGCAUCUAUUCAUAGAAAGCUAUAACCUGAUUUAAAACCUUCAACGCAGCUGCCUCGAUCUGAAUUCUCGUGUAAAAAGCAGGGGGAGAAGAAACUCACUGGAGAGCAAGCUGGCUACAUGUGUAAAGCAAUCAGUCCAUGAAUUUGCUUACUUUGUGGGUUGAAAUGGUGCAUGAAAAUUUCUUUUGUAGCUUUGGUUCAUGCAAUCAAGUGAUGAGAGGUGGUGUUUUGUUUCCCUGACAGCAUUUUUCAUGCUUGUUCUUUUGGGAGUAUUGAGAAAUUCACUGUCAUUUACAGAAAUAUCUAAUAUAUAUAUGGAAAAAAAAAAAAGAUUUUUGUUGCAUGCAUAA